GAAGGGAGUAGCGUUGUGAGGAUGAGCUCUUCCUCCCUGGCUCCCUGCCUCAAUAAUGCAAGAAGCACAGUCUUUAGUCUUGUUGUUUAGGGCGUAACUUGGUCCCACGAUAUUGGGCAUGGGGUUCAAUUUGCUGCGGACACGUCUGUUGCAUGGCUAACUCCAGGGGCCUUUGUAGCCAUAGGACUACCAUUAUUUAUUUUUUAUACUACUCGACCACCAUUAUUCCCUAUAAACAAGAACUCAGUUGCAGAAAAAUAUGCAGCAACCCCCCAAGUAUUAAUUCUUCUUCAACCUAUACAUCAAAGUCCUCAUAUAUACAUAUCCUUCUCUUCAAUCUAGAGAAUUGGGCUAUGGGAAUUCGCUUGAUAGCUGCCAUGGUUCAUGCAAAGCAAGUGUUUAGGUCGAGAGCUGGUGUGCAUGGCGGCCAUGCAUCACCAACUGCUGUAUCCAGCAAUGCAGAUGUCCCAAAGGGUCACUUGGCAGUUUACGUUGGAGAGCCUUAUAAGUACCGCUUUGUGGUUCCUCUGUCCUACUUGAAGCAUCCUUUGUUCCUGGAUCUAUUGAGGCGGGCAGAGGAAGAAAACGGAUUUGAUCAUCCCAUGGGAGGCCUCACCAUCCCAUGCAGCAGAAAUGCCUUUCUUGAUAUGGCGUCUCGCUUGAAUGACUGCUGAGCUUACGAGGAAAAGCAGAAAUUAAAUAGGGUUCUUAUUUUUAUUUUAAUUAAUAUGACACACAUAAGACUGUUACUCUUAUUUCAUUGUUGGGAAUUUUACUGUUACAAUGCAUAUUGCAGCCCCAGGCCAGUCCAUAUAUUGAAACUUGGGUUUUUCUGGCUGAAAAUUAGCGUCAUUUUUGUUAGCAGCAAAUAAUUUUCUGCGCCCAGCAUGUUGGAAGCUUCGAUGGCAUACGCAGUAUUAUGGCCCAGAAAAGAAAUAAUUAUAAGGAGGAAAAACAAAAUGUUCCAAUUA